AUGUCAUCGGCUAUUGCUUCCCAGUCAGUUCCGACUCCUUCAAAUCCAUCACCACCCAGGGCUGGUAGACCAUCUCAACCUCGGCCUACCACUUACACUGGAUUAUCCCCUACCGUUCAUACCACCGUGGAGUCAUCUCCUGUUAAUCCUUCACAGUCAUCACAUGGCCAUUCGAAUUCUGUAAGUCAAGGAGGCCCACCAAUCCCCCCCCCACCAAGAACCAGCAGUCAGCGUCAGGGGCCGGCCGUUACUUCGCCUCCGGCUUCUUCCCAGGUCUCCGCGUCGGCCGAGAGGAGUAGGUCUUCUGGUGGUCGUACUCGCGGUCAAAGCACCGAUGGCCGGGAACGAGAGAAGACGGAUAGAGAUAGGGAGAGAGAUCGUCGACGUGCCGAGGAGAGCAAACCGCGACGUGACCAGCCUCCUCCUCCUGCCACGGUCGGCAGAUCCAAUUCCACUCGUGACUCUUCGCGGAAUGCAACCGCCAACAGCAGCAGCACUAACCAGCAGCCUGUGGAUAGAUCUCCUAGCACCAGGAGACGCCAAGAUACGGUUGACGGGGCCGGUGCUAGCACGAGCAGCCACAGCAGGAGCAGAAGGGAACAGGGUGGUAAUGGUGGUUUAGCGGUUGUUAAUAAUCCAGACAGCAACGGGACACGUCCCACGGGCACCAGGAAGGAAACUAGGUUUGGUGAAUAUAUAUUGGGCCAGACACUUGGCGAAGGAGAGUUCGGCAAAGUCAAGCUCGGAUGGAGAAGAGAUGGGGGUGUACAGGUAAGCCUUUUUUUUUUUUUUUGUCAUGUUUGGUUCCUAUUCAUUUCUGCAAUGUUCAUGCACGUAUCUGGGUACGUAUUGGCUACAGCACAAUUUUAAUACUGACCUGUGCACAUCAAGGUUGCUAUCAAACUCAUUCGUCGCGAUUCUCUUUCUCCGCAUCCGAAUAGGUUAUCCAAAAUCAACCGCGAAAUAUCCAUUCUACGUACCUUGUCUCACCCGAACAUUGUCCGACUUCACGAGAUGGUCGAGACGGAUCGCCAUAUUGGUAUUAUCCUUGAGUAUGCCUCCGGCGGCGAACUGUUCGACUACAUCCUCAAUCACCGUUUCCUUAAAGAUCCUCCUGCUUGUCGUUUGUUUGCACAGCUUGUCUCUGGUGUUGGGUACUUGCAUAAAAAAGGGAUUGUCCAUCGUGAUUUGAAAUUGGAAAAUCUGCUUUUAGAUAGGAAUCGGAACAUCAUCAUUACUGAUUUCGGCUUUGCGAAUGUUUUUGAUCCCAGGGACGAACUUGGUGAGCUGGAAGACAAGUUGGAGGAUCCAGAGGUACUAAAAGAGCUUGAGAAGGGUGUGUCUAGUAAUAACGGUGAGGAGGGUAGUUUAUUAGGCAUUCUAGGGCCUGGCCAAGUGAGGAGAAGAGGAGAUUUAAUGGCGACAAGUUGCGGAAGCCCUUGUUACGCUGCUCCUGAGUUGGUCGUUAGUGACGGUCUAUACACGGGCAGAAAGGUCGACGUGUGGUCGUGCGGUGUUAUUUUGGUAGGCUCCUGUCAUUCUGCUUUGGGGGUUUGGUUGCUGACUUUGGGAAUUUGAAGUAUGCAAUGCUUGCGGGAUACCUUCCUUUCGACGAUGACCCGGCCAAUCCCGAGGGUGACAACAUUAACUUGCUUUACAAGUACAUCGUAUCAACACCGUUGACGUUCCCGGAAUACGUUAGCCCGCAUGCCAGAGAUCUGCUAAGGCGAAUGCUUGUGCCGGAACCGCGCAAGAGGGCUGAUCUUUUCGAGGUUGCUCGUCAUAGCUGGCUCAGUCCAUUUGCUAACGUUGUGAGCCUGAUAACUAGCUCUACCACAGGGGUAAAGGAGGUUGAGCAUGUGACAAUUAACGGUAUGCUAUUGCUAUUUAGACCCCCGAGUCCAAUAAGUACUGAUAUGAAAUCUCAUCUAUAGAACCUACUUUAGAUGUGCCGUCUCUCAUGCGCUCUGCCUCUGUUCGCGAACCUUCAUCCACAAACAGCCACCCGCACCCAACAUCUCUCGGUGGGCUUGGCCCAAGGCACCACGCUCAUGAGCAUACCCCUCAGGCCACCCAAUCUAAGCCGGUAUCGGAUGCGAAGAGGCGCACAGUACAGGUUGAGUAUGUUGAGCCAAUAUCACAGACUAAAAGAGGAUCUGCCGCCGAUCCUGAUCAGAAAGUCGACUCCGAGGAUGCCGCACCAGCACCUUUUAUUCCCACCAACAAGCACAAUGAUGGGGUCACCAGGGCCGCUACAACUGCUAGUGUGCCGUCCAGACACCAGCGUACUAUGUCCUCGGACCAGCAGCAAAAGCCGCGAGAUCAGCCACCGCUACCGUCGGGGAGCAGCGCUCAGCCGCCGCGAACAAGGCCUUCGAGUUCGCACCCGCAAGCCCCGACCAGGGCUGCAACCACUGCCGGAGACGGCGCAGGUUCAGGCGCCCCAUCGAGGAGGCCGAGUAGGGAUAGGCCUGGGCCGCAAUUUAGUGGGAAGGUCUUCACCCCUGCCGAGCAAGCCAGUUCCAAUUCGGCAAGGCCAAAUACAGCAAAUUCGAUCAAUUCUAAUCGGUUACCUUCACGGGGUAGUUAUUCCAGGCCCGUUGCGCCCAGUUUGGCUGCUAAUAAUGCUCAAGGGAGGAUAGCGGUGCCUAGGGGGCCUAAACCUUAUACCAUCAGCAACCCGAUUCCACAGCCUGAUAAUAGCGAUGCGAUCGGAGCACCAGCGGGUGCAGGCGAGAUAGGAAAGCCGACUGCCACAGUAUUGCCGACGAAACACUCUGGCAGGCCAUCCCCGCCCGCCGAACAGCCAGCAAAAGGGCACAAGCGUGCAAACACUAUUGGAGGUUCUGGCGGAGCAAGUAGGUUUUUGGGUGGGCUUAUGGGCAGUUCUAAUUCCCAGGACAACACUUCUCGACCUACAAUGACUGGUGCGGGUGAGCCAAGGCCAUCACUGGAACAGAGUGGGCGCUCGAAAUACGAGAAGACGAAAGAGGGCAAGGGAAGAAGGUUCAGUCUUCUACCUACAAGCUUCUCCCUCAGAAGUAUUUCUGGCAGCGGAUCCGAGAGCAAGCAUGAACGUCGACCUUCUAGAAGCGCUUCCGGAUUCCGGGUUGGUCAAUUUGCCAUCUCGAAAUCCCAACCACAGACCUCGUCGCAUCCUCAACUCAGUGUGCCGAAUACUGGCGAAGGCGGAUCAGUCCGUACAGGUUCGGAUACAUCAUUAGCAGUGGGAGGCUCUGCUCCUGCUUCCGCAGCUGGUGGCAACUAUGGUCGAGAGAGCAUUGACCUCGGAGCCGGAAACGCCAACAGUGCUCGACGGCCUGCCGUUCUUCAGAAGAAUAGGAAGUUCACCGAAGGCGAUGCUGGUGGAACUGGCGGUAGUAGCGGCCCGGCAAGAAGGGUUAUGGAUUUCUUCAGGAGAAGGGGUGUUGCAAGGAGCAGUAAGGGGGAUGCUUGA